UAUUCGUCUUGCUUUGAAUCUCAGCAGAAAAAGAAUACGUAACAAUAAAUAAGGUCACGCGUACGUCGGCGUUAUAUACAACACAUACAUAGUUUCAAUAAUGCCGACCGAUACUGGAACCAGCAUUCGCAGUAAUGGAGAACACUAUGGAUGCCAAAGUGACACAUCCGGAGUUACUUCCGGCCAAGAAUUAUUUGAAUCGCCGCCGUCAGUGAUCACAGAUUAUUCGCGCUUCAUCUCACAAACGUCAUCAUUUCGGAACUUCAGCUUUCCUCGUGUCCUCAUGAAAUGCUUGGAGACUUUACCGAAAGAUGGAGUGUUUUUCGCUGGAGGAUUGCCAAACGCCUCCUUAUUCCCAAUUUCGAACGUGACGAUAGAACUCACAGACGGAACUAAGAUUGAUUUCGGAAAUGCUCUGACCUCGACUGCUCUGCAAUACGGAACCACGAACGGCUAUCCGCCAUUGCUUCAAAAACUGAAUGAAUACCUCAGAAGGUAUCACGGAAUAGACGAAGAAAAGAUGAGAACAAGAGAGAUGUUCGUAGUUCCAGGAGCUCAAGACGGAUUAUCCAAAGCUGCGGAGUGCAUUUUGAAUGAAGGCGACUACGUCAUUCUAGAGAAAUUCAUGUAUCCCGGCACUACAGGGGCCCUCGCAGCUAUGAAUCCAAAGCACUUGACAGUGGAAAGCGAUGGUGACGGAAUGAUUCCUGAGUCAUUGCUGCAAGUUUUAUCCCCAUGGGAUGGCGAGAAUGCCAGGCCGUCGGAUACAGCACCAAAAGAUAGAUUUCCAAGUUUCUUGUCCAUGGAUGUUGACAACCGCGUGAUCAGGCUGGAUAGUUUCAGCAAGAUCGUUUCUGCGGGCAUGAGACUGGGCUGCAUCAUUGGACCACAGGCGUUGAUGGAAAGAGUUCUGAUGCACGAACAAGUUACUAUCAUGCACACACCAGGUCUAACACAAAUAAUGCUGCACAAGAUUUUGGAAUCUUGGGGUUGGGAGAAGUUUGAGGAACACGUGAGAAACGUGACUGAGUUUUACAAGUCAAGGAGGGAUAUCAUGCUGAAGCUGUGCAAUGAGCAUCUUUCAGAUUUGGCACAUUGGCAUGAGCCCCGCGGAGGGAUGUUCAUGUGGCUGAAGUUGAAAGGGAUCAAAGAUACGCUGAAAUUCUGCAUGGGUCCUUGCAUGGAAACGGGAAUUGUUACUCUGCCAGGAUCCGCGUGUUCCGUGGCACCUCAAGAGCCCAGCAGCUUCAUCCGGCUCUCGUAUUCUUUGGUACCUGUGGAGACAAUGGAGAAGGGAAUCAAGCGACUUAGAGAGGCAAUACUGAAAGAGCAAGCCAGAACGGCCAGACAUUGAAGAGAUGAAGCAAAAGAAUGAUGCGUACACACAAAACAACGCUUGAAUCAUUUAAAAAGGUGUAACCUGAAGUUCGCGGUCGAGAGGAAUAAAUACGGGAUAAAAAAGUUCCCGAACAUGAAUCUUGAUAAUUCAAGAAUACAUCACCUUCCGAAGCUAUCACUGAAAACUUUAGAGUACUCGUACCUAUAAUGAAAUAAAAUCAACAAAUGAAUACCUGAUGAAACGUCGGACUUGGGAAUCCGUCGAGUUCGCUUGAUUCUCCAGCGUAACACUUUCGUGACGGAAGCAUUGAAUUACAGUACAGUACUGUAUUGAAAAUCAUCAUACGCACACGUCGUGAUUGAUGUGUUCCAAAGCCAACCCCGAGGUUCUUUCUAAGAUCACCGAGAUGGUAAAUGAGCCAAGAAUACGAAUUUAAAC